GUCAGGGGCACUAUGGCAAGACCAGGCUGGGCUCUAGGGCCCAGGAGGUUUUGUCGUCUGGGCAGCCCAGGACAUCCAUCCACAUUGCCCAGGUUUGUGGUUUGAUUUCACCCUGGAGGCACACUCCAUUACCUCUCAAGACAGGACAGGUGCCAGCAAUAAGGUUACUGCUGUUGGGAUGAAUAUAGCCUCUUCACACAAGCUGUAUGGUUUACUCAAUACAUACACAGUAUCGCCAGGAAUUAUGUGUUUUUGGGAAAAAUAAAGCUUUUGUCAGUACCAACCUUCUAUCUUUCCACACCAAUACCACUUUCCUGCUCUGGAUCUCCCUUUCAAAAUUACCGACAGAUUGAGGGUGGCAUUCUAUAUUAAAAUAGCUUCCCGUUGCCACCAUUUUUCUAAGCAGUUUAUUCCCAACUCACCUAUUUCCUAGAAAUAAUGUGUUUCAAGGAGCUAUUGUUUGUCUUCCACCCUAUCUCAUUAGGCAGCUUUGCCGCCCGGCUGAUAACUGCCACUCACCAACUGUUUUCCUCUUCCAGAAGAUUCCAUCUGUGUUCCGGUGAAAUUAUUUGCUCUCAGAUCCAGCCAUCAGGCUCUCCAGAUGAGAUCAAAGCUUAACUUCCAUCAAAACAGGCCUGUUUUUAUUCUUUCCUCAGCAUUGCUAUCCAAUUCCUUUAUGAUGUAUAACCAGAAAUAUCUCUCACAUGGUAUCCAUGGUCAAUAAUUACUGAUGUAUGCUUCUCCUUCAGUUUUAAUACAGAAAAAAAAUCCACUUUUGCCUUGCAUGUGAUAAGGUGUUUGAAAAACAUAUUUAUAAUCUUGGUAAAAUCAGUUGUUUACCAUCAGUUAGAUUCCCUCUCCACUCUGGAACUGUGGAUGUUGGCCCAGAAUAUGCUUUUGUGGGUUAUAUGAUCUGCUAAAACAACCACGAGUCUUAGAACACCUUAAAGGCUAACACAUUUAUUAUGGUAUAACAUUUAAUGGUCUACAGUCUAGUUCAUCAGAUGAUCCUGAGUAAUGGGUGUAUAUAUACACAAGCACACAGCAAUUUCACAUUGCAGUCUUCCUUUGAUGUUCCUUUGUCCUAGGGUGGCUACUUUUAGAUCUUAUAGUCUCCUGGAAGGUAGAAAUGUUCCCCUACUUGCUUCUGAACGCUGCCAUUUUUGAUGUUAGAUUUGUGAUCAUUUAUUCUUUCACAGUAGGAAUGGCCUGUCAUGGAGAACUCAGAAGGGCAUAUAGCUUCUUGCUUGGGGUGUGUUUAGAAACCUGUGUCUGGAAUGCAGCCUAUUGCAAAAGGUAAAUAUCCCAUCAAUUGCCCAUCCCACAUUUGCUCCUUCAGGAAGAUCAAAGUGUUUCAGAUUGGUCCUGCCUUCUUCUGGAAGAGUUAAUCCAGGGGUCGGCAACCUGUGGCCCACAGGGGUCGUUUAACCGGCCCAUGAGCCACCCCCAAACUGAGCAGCAUGCCUGGAGUGUCCCGCGCGCUGCGCUAAAGUGGUGCAGCACAGCACAGCGACUUGCUUCCGCGGCACCGGAAAUUGUAUCUGAGCAGAUGCAGGUAAUUACAGGCACUCACACACACCCGUGAUCCGGCCCACGGAGGGAUCUCCGCUGGAUUGAACCGGUCCAGGCGAGGUAAACCUUGCCGACCCCCGAGUUAAUCCUUUGCUGUCAGCUCCCCUCUUCUACAGGCCAAGAAUUACAGUAUUUAUCAUAAGCAGAAAGCAGUGAGAUAGUUUGCUUUGUUCUGAGCUGUGCAGUUUGUUUUUAGUUUCGUUUUAAUUAUUUUUUAAAAAAGUUACAGCUUGCUACAUAUGGGCAACAAGCAUAUUUUACUUAUCUUCUUUUUCACAGACUCAAAGAGUUAUCUGUGACCCCCACCCCCAAGUCAUGCAACGCAUUUUGAGACAUUGGGAUUUGAGUUCUGAUACAGAUAUAAUUUGAGGCCUAUUUUGUGAAGGGAGUACAGUGUGAUUUACAAUCUCUCUCCUUAUUUUGAUUCUUAAAGCUCGCUUUUAACUGCAAUUGUGUAAUGAGAGAAAUAUAACACUCCUUAUGAUUAGAACAUGUUUGUGAAGAUCUGCUGAUGGAUGUAAUCUUGCAUUUUGGAUGCAAUUCUGUUUACACUUACCAGGGAUAAGGCCUAUUUAACAUAAUAGGACUUACUUAUGAAUAAACAUGUGUGGGCGUGCCCUGGAAAACCAAUAAAUCAAGGCCACCAACUGUUACAAAAGGAAAUCUUGGUAGAAGUACUUUAUUAAGAGUUUAAUAAAUGCCAAUACUAAUAGCAUUACAAGUUACAUUCCAGACAGGCCAAAUGAGAAACUAAUUCAUAGGCAAAAAAUUGAAAUAUACACGAUACUCAGAAUAGAUCACUGAAAUUAAUGGACCAAAGUUACUCAAGUCCAAUAACUUUAAUGGCUCUAUUCAAAGUACAACUAGUACGUGAUGCAACCCAUAAGCCUUUCUACUUGCUUCUUUUUGGAAAGAUUCAAAUUCCUAAAGUAUAAUGAGAAGGAUGGGAAGGAUUGUGUCGAUGAACACUUUUAUUGUGUAAAUAAUGUUGUCUUGUCUUUUCCUCCUUUGAUUUUUUUGACGACGUUUCUUUGUUAUUUAUUUUUUUCUCAUUUCCUCUUUUUUGUUCCUUUAGAAAUUUUCUAUUUUCUACAUAAUUUUCUUUUUCUUCAUAUGUAAAGAGAUAACAUAUGUUUGUAUAGAUAUGUAAAUUUUUAAUCAACAAAGAAUAAUAUUUUUUUAAAAAUCCUGGAAGAUUUUGCUGAUAGAAGUAUUUGAAAAAUCAACAGAAGGUUACUUUUCAUUUUUUUUUUUAUGAAGCCACACUGCAAAUCACUGAAUGUUACAAUAAAUGCAUGACUGAUCAGAUUUUCAAGGCAAUCUUCAAUUGUCUGCCUACAGUGGACACACAUACAGUGGUACCUCGGGAUGCGAACGGGACCCAUUCCCGUAAGACGCGACUGCGCGUGUCGCCGCUUCUGUGCAUGCGCAUGACAUCACUUUGACCGUCUGCGCAUGCGCAAGUGGCAAAACCCAGAAGUAACGUGCUCCGUUACUUCCGGGUCGCCACAGAGCGCAACCUGAAAAUACUUAUCCUGAAGCAUAUUUAUCCCGAGGUAUGACUGUAUAUGAAAGCCCACAUCAUACACUUCAAAGUCUUAAGCACAGCCCAUCAGCAGGUCUCAGCAGGUUUUGAUGUAUGCGGCUCAUGAUGGAAAACUAUCCAGAGAGCUACAAAAUCAGUAGAAAAGCAGGAACAGCGCAGGAAGAAUGUUCAGGGGCAAUCAAAAGGCAGGCUCUUUGGACCUGGAGAGAAAAAACAUAAAACCAACUUUUAUACUGACUCAUGUGAAAAAAAAAUGCUGCCAAACUACAAUUAACCUCAAUGUGGUCUUGAGCAUCAUUAUUGCAACCUAAUCUUUCCUGUUAGUGGCAGGGGAAGGCAGAAUGUCUAUGUAGAAGAGCACUUUGAACAGUGAGAAGUAUUGGGAGAGCUAACUAAGGGCUGAGCUGCAAAUCCAGAAAUCUCUUGGUUCACCAGGAACUCACUGGGUGGCCUUGACCAAGUCACUCCCUCUCUCUCUUAGUCUCAAGCCCCCCCUCUCCACCCCAAUAUAGGCAGCAAUACUGAUUUCAGAACGGUUGGGGAGCAUGUGGUGUAGUGGCUAGAGUGUUGGACUAGGGUCUGGCAGUCCAGGGUUCGAAUUCCCAAAUCAGCCAAGAGACUUGCUGGGUGAUGUUGGGCUAGGCAUAGGGCCUUCUGGCAGGUCCCUCACUGCGACAAGUGAGGUUACAGGGGACCAUGCAGAGGGCCUUCUUGGUGGCGGCACCUGCCCUGUGGAAUGCCCUCCCAUCAGAUGUCAAGGAAAUAAGCAGAUAUCUGACUUUUAGAAGACAUCUGAAAGCAGCCCUGUUUAGGAAAGUUUUUAAUGUUUGAUGUUUUAUCGUGUUUUUAAUAUUCUGUUGGGAGCUGCCCAGAGAGGCUGGGGGAACCCAGCCAGAUGGGUGGGGUAUAAACAAUAAAUUAUUAUUAUUAUCAUCAUCGUCAUCGUCAUCAUCCCAGCCUAAACUACCUCAUACGACUGAGGAUAAAAUGGGAGCAGAGGCAGAGAAGCAUGCAUGUUACCUUGCGUUUCUUGGGCAGCAGGGGGAGGGAGGUGGGAUAUACAUGAAAUAAUAAAAUAAAAACAGUGUUGGACUUUAGGGGAGAAAUUCAUCCUUGCAUGUAUUUGUUUUCCUGUUCCCUUCGUAUCCUGCCUUUUUCUACGACUGUGGGGCAAGGCUGCUUUGCUCUUCUGUCGCAAACUACAAGGAGUGGCCUUUUUACACAGUGGGAAAUGGUAGGUUUCAUAUACCACCACCACCCCAGGGAAUGACACAGUGGUUGUAGAUGGGGCCAUAGGAACUUCAGCAUACAUUCAAUAUAACCCUUGUGGUGGGUACAUUUUAUGGUUUGCAUUUAUUUUUAAAAACCAGUCUGUUCCUUAUUGUGAAGGGACAGGAUACCCAAAUCCUGUCUGAAAUCACCCCAGGCCUCAAAACUGUCCAAAACUCCUUUUGUCUUCUAAAAAAUCCAAAACAGCUUUUCUCUGCUUGUCUCUGCUUAUUCUCACAAGAUGCUGUGCAUAGGCAAAAUGUUACUUUUAAAGGCUAAUGAAUAGGCUCUGUCAUUGCCAAGAAUACUCAGGCCUGAGAAACGAAUCUUAUCUCAUUCCAGUUGCAACACAUCUGAACAAACUGAACGCAAGGCUUCUCACCCCCCCCCUUUUCCUGGGAAGAGUCCAAUAGUCCCAAGACAGCUUUCUGUUCAUGCUCAGAGGAACUCAUGGGCAGGACUCCUGAGGGAGGAGAAAGGAGGAGGGAACUGGAAAGGGGUAUAUAAGCUUGUGCACAUGACUGUGAACUCGUGCAUGCUUUUUGUGAACUAUCACACUUGCUCCUUCUAUCAGUUCAUGGAUGGUAGAAAUAAAAGCCUUUUCUCCGAAACUAUUCCUUGAGUGUCUGUUGACUCCCACUUCCCUUUCCCGGGCGCAAUAUUUUUCCCACCCGAGGGCAAAGCCUCAUAAGGCUACAAUUGCUAAGAGUUAUCUGUGUGCAGCUAAAUAUAUAAUUAGAAAAGUGUAAUGUUAGCACACCAUAAUGGUAAAAUAUAAUUUGUAUUAUGACGCUAUAAUCCACCAAUGCUGAUUUUUUAAAAAUAGUUUGCCGCCACCAUACCCCCCCAAAAAAACCAACAACACCCCACCAACAGUUUCUGGUCAUUUAUCAAUACAGUUGCCAGUGACCAAAAAGGUAUUUUUAAAGAAAUCGUUUAAAAUGAACACUGAAAGGAGUUGGUUGGUACUGGCAUCCAUGUUGUGGCAUGGCCCAGAGUGGCUGGGGAUACUCAGCUAGAUGAGAGGGAUAUAAAUGAUAAAAUUAUUAUUAAUUAUUAUUGCUAUACAUGGGCAGGCUGAAAAUUAUGUGCUGUGGCAAGUACAACAAAAUGGCUGCCUGCCAUACUCCUCCUUCCUCCUAUUGCAUAAACAGGAAAUGUGGUUGGGGAGGAGGGAGAGAGGGCAGCAGCGGAGGAAGUUAUAUUGUGCCCCUCCCCGAGAAAAGACCAAGACUGAGCUGGAGAGCAUGAGAUGCAAGGGAAAACUAGCUGUGUAUAACCAGUGGUGGGUCAGGAUGGGGAGGACAGUAAAGAGGAGUACAUAUGGUUGGGGGGGAAUAGGGUCAUAGCCAUCCUGCUUUGGAUGCAGAAUUCCCCAGGUUCAACCCCCGACAUUUCCUGGCAAGGCUGGGGAAGACCCCUAGAGAGCUGCCAGUCAGUGUAAACGAUGCUGAGCUAGAUGGACCAAUGGGAUGACUCACUAAAAGGGUACUUUCAGUUUUGCCCCAAGGGGUAUAAUAUGUUCAAUAGGAUAUUCAUCACAGUGGCUGCUCCCCCUGACCUGAAUGCUGAUUAAAAGACUUGAGGGUUCACCCAGCACCUCAGAAGUUGAGAGAGGUUUGGAACUCUGAGGGCUUCCCACGUUCUCAUUUACUCUGCCCAGCAGAUUGCACAUUCUCACAGCAUUCUACGGUCUUUCUUUCCUGUUUCUUUCCUUGUGAUUGUAGCCAGAAAAAAAUAUUUUAGCAAUAAGCAAUUCCUUUGGGGGGGGGGGAACCACCCACAAAAGCAAGGUGGCACCCACGGUAAAAGUUCUAACAAAUGUGUGCUGAGCUGUGAUAGAUUCAGUUUCCUGAUAUACGUCCAAGACUGACUCUUGAAUAAAAGUCAGAAGAGUGGCCCAAAGGGCAUCUGCACUGAUGAAUAUUGUGCUACUCUUCUGUUCCUUCUGAAAAAAGUUGGGCUUUAGGCCCUUUGAGAAAGAGAGCCAUGGGGAAAAUACAGAACAGCUAUGACUGACUGGGUGCUGGUGGUGUGUGGAUGCCUUGUAUGAAGGGAAGAAACAGAGCACAGCAAUUCCACACUAAUGCUCCAAUCUGAACUCUUUACCUGAGAGUAAGUCCCACUGAAUUCAACAGGACUUACUUCUGAGUAUACAUGGUUAGGAUUACACUAUAAAUGCCUAACAUGGAAGCACUGAAGAAGCCUUGUGCUCCCCACCUAAAGUUAAGUCUUGGAACCCCCAGCAUUUUGAAAUAAUUAUUAUAUAUUAAAAUGUGUUGUACUCAGCUUUUUAUUUACGGUAACUCAGAGUAGCUACACUGAAAUAGCUAUGGCUAACUUUGCUCCAUGAAUUUGAAUGGCUCCACUCUUGAGUAAAAGCUAGCUGAAUAGAACUAUUUUAUUAAUUUAUGAAUCACCUUUCCUGAGUUUCAAGGUGACUUAGUAAUGGAACAGCUAAAAACAGAUUCAAAAGCAAUACAAUACCCCCUCACACACAAUGAAGACAUAUUUUUAAACAAUGUGAGGAAAGGGGGAAACAAUAGUCUUUGAUCUCUCCACAAAGUAUCAUCGCAAGGGGUAAAGCUAUGUUAUAGUAAGACACUAGAAGACAGAGUUCUGGAAAAAACUGGUCUUGCAAAUUUGUGGAGAAUCUGGCAUUACGUGGCACCGAUUGGCUAGUACCUCAGAUGUCACAAACCCACCUACCCUCAAUCUCUAGAGCAGUUUGGCCAUCUGAAAAAGCUUCCAUAUUUCCUCAAUUCAGACCAACCAACCCCCUCCGACAAAUAAAUGUCUGGAUGGCAAUUCAAUUUUUAAAAAUAAAAAUUAAAAAAAGGCAAAAAGCCCACUGGAAUAGUGAAGUAGGGCAGAUGGUGGGCCAAACCAAAGAUUGAUUCGCUGCCAGAUACAUCCAUCACAGUAACUGCAGCUGGGAGUAAAAGAUAUAGCUCAAGAAUUAGGUGCAAGUUCCUUUUCAUAUUAUAUCUGUUUUCACUCACAGUUUAUAACUAGUCCAACAAAAAAUUGAUUGAUUUGUUCCUUAUGAGAGAAAGGAAAGAUAUUUCUUUAAAUAAAAAAAAUAAUCACAUUAUCAUUCAUUAGUUAUUUUUUGUAAAAUAACUACACUUUUGUAAAAAGUGAUGAUUAAAUUAAAUAAUAAUCAUCUAUAUCUUACCUUUCCUGCUGAGGGGUCAUUUGGUUAUUACUCUUGCUCUGCAGAAGAAGAAAACAAGGUAAGUGUCUCUCGGACAUAAAUUGGUCCAAUAUUUUAUGACAGCGUUAAUCUGAAGUGCCUACAGAUUUCUUGCAAUUUGCUGAAAGAUUAUGGUCAAUGAAUGUCUGCUGCUCUUGCAAAGGAUGACUAGUUGUUCAUGACAAUUUGUAGCAACGUACAGAUGCAAAUCUUAGCCUGUGAAUGUCAUCUGAAGACGGGUGUUUUCUGGAGGGACUACAGAUGGCAGAGAACAGCUGUUCAUGUUUCAAGACUUGACAAGAAAAAGAAAGGGAAAAGAAAGUAGACCACAGUGGCAGAUACUCACCCCAUUUGACAACUUUUGGUCCAACAAGGGUGCUGUGUUCCACUCUGCAGGCAACUUCUUCCCCAUCUGGAGUGACCUUGGCAUAGACAAGGCGAUUGAAGGCCCAGGUUUUAUCAAAAGAAAGGUCAGACUGUUUCACAUCUUCAAGUGGCUUCCCGCCCUUCUCAAUUGUGAUGUUGAUUUUGGGAGGGUGGAAGUUGUCCACAUAGCAAUUCACAAUGUUUUCUUUGCCCUUCUCCACAGGAUAGCGGGAAUAAACUUGUACGUUGGGAGUUCCUGUAGGAAUGGGUGAAAGAGGUAAAAAGGCAAGGUUUAAGGAUACAGGUUAUCAUCUGCCAUGCUUUAUUAGCUGCGCACUCAAGGGCUAUAUCCGACCUAGGAGAUAAAUUUCCUACCUGGACAUUCCUUCCAUACAAGAAGCUGCAUGUAUACAGUGGUACCUCGGGUUACAGACGCUUCAGGUUACAGACUCCGCUACGCUUCAGGUUAUAGACUCUGCUAACCCAGAAAUAGUACCUCAGGUUAAGAACUUUGCUUCAGAAUAAGAACGGAGAUCAGGCAGCGGUGGCGCGGUGGCAGCGGGAGGCCCCAUUAGCUAAAGUGGUACCUCAGGUUAAGAACAGUUUCAGGUUAAGAACGGACCUCCAGAAUGAAUUAAGUUCUUAACCCGAGGUGCCACUGUACCGUCAGAGACUGAAAUAGCCCAUGUGGUCCAUUUUGCUACAUACACAUAGAACAGGAGCCCACUAGUCCAAGGUGGUAUCUGGUUUUCAACAUCUAAACAUCACGGUUUAACGAUAUAUCACUAUGCUUGAAAUAAGGGUGAAGUAGAGUCAUUGGCUGGCUUAACAGAUUUCCCCACAUAGUGAUUUUUUGCUGGUGCCUGCUCCUGUGAUUUGCUGCCCCCUGCAUGUAUUUGACUUUCUGUGGAUACAUACAAGUGUCUUUCUAGCCUUACCUGUCCUGGAGGUGCCAUGCAUUGAAUGUAGAAUGUUCAGCAUGCAAAGCAGAACUGCACUGCCGCCCUUCUCCCGACCUGUGAAAUCUGCGGUCCUCUAGAUUUUGUUGGACUACAACUCCAAUCAACCUGGAUCACUAGCCAUUGAUAGCUGGGGCUGAUUGGAGCUGGAGUCCUACAACACAAGGAGGGCCACAAGUUGCCUAUUCCUGCUCUAUGCCAUUCAUCUUCCCCUACUAGGUUGCAGCCUAACCUAAAGGUGGUUCACAACAGCACUCUACCAGUGUACUAAUAUACAAUAAAAAGAGGGGGUCCCCAAAUGCAUGUUUUGGGGCUAAAGAUGUCCUAAAGGUAGGUUCUGGGCCUGAAAAACCAGAAGAUUACUGCGUACGUACCAGGAGAAAAGGGAAAUAAAAAGUGAAAGCAACAUUUGAUCUGCACUCAUAAAAGACCAAGACGCCAUUUCACUUGCUUUUCUAGCUGCAUGUGAUAGUAAUGAAAACAGAACUGGUCAAAGGCCAAUGACUAGUCAGAAAGUCCCUGGAAAUGAGCCAGCAAGGGGCAAUGGAUAAAUUAUAUGUUAAUAACCACCUUGAGUUCCACCGCAGAAGACGUAGCAGAUAUAAAUGUAGGUCUCCACUGUUUAUGUAUUUGAAAUUAAAGGAACAUUCUAGUGUGUGUUUAACUCCUUCCCUGCUGGCCACCUCCUUGCCACUGCCUUUCACUCCCCACCCCCCAGUGUUCCAGAUGAAUGUUUUACACAUCUGGAAACUCAAAAGGCAAAGCAGCUUGGGGCAAGGAUUAAGACACAUCCCGUCCUCAACCCUGGGCCACAAAGUGCAAUGGAUCACCCACCCUUCAUUUUCAGACAACGGCUUCAACUGCUGAGUGGAAGGACAAUUUCAGGGACAAGAUUUCUAAUUGUCCGUCUACUCUGAGGCAAAAGUGCACCAGGAGGUAGUAUCCAGAAACUUGGUCCAUUAGUGCAGGGAUUUACACUUGCACAACUUCCCCUCCAUUCCCACACUAUGGCACACCCUUCCCAAAUCCACUGCAAAGGGUUGAAGCAACUCACGUAACAGAUUUAGUUCAGAUGCACAAGCAUAAGCGCUUUCGCACACUUUCACUUGUCCCAUGCCUAUAAAGCACAGAUCCGAGCAGUUUUUCCUUUGCCUCGCUGCCUUCCCACUUCCACUCUUUAGUGCUAAAUCCAAACAAACCGUGAUCUGCAGAAAACACGACUGCCAUUUGUUCCAAUUUGAUACUAAAGGUCAGGUUUCCCUGGGGGAAAGCGGUGGUGCAAACUGAGGUGCAGAUGUACCCUUAAUCUUUGCUCUACCAGAACAAGUUACUUAGUGCUGUUAGAUACAACCCACCAUUAUUUUGACAUAAAAGCAGCUGCGGGUGUGCUCAAGUUUCAUAAAAGCAGCAGUGAUUAAGGGGGUGUUUUCUGGCCCAAGUGUCUUCUCCUCAAACUGCUAUUAGCUCUACAGUGGAAAUAAACACCAAGGUGUGUUCUUCUGUGGCAGAGGCUUCAGAGGGGUGCUGCGAUGGGAAAACUAUGUCAGGCCAGAGCCUCAAUCUAAAGCAGUCCUGCACUGGCUGCUUUUAAGUAAAAAUGAAAGCACUGGGAGAUCUUGUGGCAGACUUCCUGAGACUUGUGUAGCUUGGCCCUGUGAGCCUCUUUUUAAGUUUUCCACUAUUGCCCUGGCAGCAUUUCCAGCUUUCAACACAAGCUUAUCAAGGGCUUUUUUAUGACAGUACUCACUGGUGCAAAGUACGGCCAACUCUCUCUCUUUCUUUCUUUUGUCGCCCACAGCAGCCAUUUUGUGACGGCACCCAUGACACUUUUAUCAACAUAAAAGUACUGGCACCUCAUUUUUGGCCCCAAAAAAUUCUAAAGCUGACCCUUUGCACAUACAUGAGCUGGAAACCCAAAACAGGAAGGAGAUUUUCAGGAAAGCAGUAGGGGGAAUUGAAAUGGGCCCCAAAACAAGGGUCAGCACAUGUGGGCUUCCUUCUCCUGAGGAAUAUCGCUGGGGGAAGAGAGUAUCAUGUAGGUGCUGUCACUAUGUGGGGGCAGGAUUGGGCACAGAGGGCAGCAGCUUUUGGGAGAGGCGGGUGAUAGCUAGUUUAAAUACCCCCUUUCUUUCUCCUAGGGAGAUAGUGAAUAUGAGCUAUCCCUUCCCGACAAAAUGGUUGUGGGGUGGGUGGGUGGGUGGGUGCGUGUGUGUGAAUUUACCUGUAAACUGCCUAAAUUCACAUUUUAGAAAUUUUAUUCUCCUGAGUUUAACAGCUGUAAAAACCUCUAGUCUACAGUAAAGGAAGGAAGGAAGCACUUCAAGCUUAGCUUACAAAGAACGGCACCACAUAACAAAAAGUGUUCCUUUUAUCAGGAUGUUACUGUCUCAUUGGAAUCAGCCGGUACCUUGAGCUCCAAAAAAUCCCACUGAACAGACAAUACUUCCGCCCUCCCUCUUCUCGAGUCAACUCCCAUUUUGCAUUCUAGAACUAAGACAGCAUCUGUUGGGAGCCCUGCACUUGUGGUUUGGGCCGGAAGUCUAACAAAGGAACCAACGAUGUUUUAAGAAGUUAGAAGCACAAAGGAAGACGAAAAAAACUUCUCAGAUGCAGGGAAGCCAUCAUGAGCCUUUGUUGUUUUCUACUGACUCACUCAGGUCAGCUGCUUCCUUCUGCCCCAUCAGCUUCAGCAAAACACGGAUUAGGCCCCCCACAAAAACCCCAAAAAUAAUCAAGGAGGCACUCUUAACUCUUUUAAUCACCCCAAUUACCCAACAGGAUGAACUAAAACAACACAACCUAUACGUGUUUACUCAGAAGUAAAACAACAUAGCUCAGUUGGUUAGGAAAAAAGCAUACAGGCAUAUGAAGGUUGUAGGUUCGAUCCCCGUAAGGGAGAGCUGCGUAUGCCUGCAUUGCAGGGGGUUAGACUAGAUGAUCCUCAGGGUCUCAUAACUCUUGGAUUCUAUGAAAAGCCCAGUUGUGUUCCAUAGCGAUUGCUUAAUAUGAUGUUUAGGAUCACAAACACUAAGGAACACUGUAGCACCUUUAAAAGCUCAGGCGGAAAUCCUACACAGGAGUAAGACCACAGUGGGACUUAGGGGGGAAAGCAUAAUUAGGUUUGUUCGCCAAGGUCGCCGUCCUUAUUUCGGAGUAAACACACUUAGAACUGCGGUUUAAAUAAUUCAGGAUAGCACAAUGUUUCUUAGGCUAAAGCCUGCUUGACAUAUUCCACGUCGGCCCCUAUGGAUCUUUUAAUUCUUUAGCAGUGCCACCGCGUAUAUAAUUAAAACCCACCGAGUUUCACGGUGCUAAAUUCUGGGCCAGUGGGCACAGGGAGAGAUAACCCGUGUCAAGCUACUCGUGAGAACGCGCGCCUCUAAACCCGUUCACGAGGUCUACCCCUGGAAGACAGCCGAAGCGGGAGAGGGAAAGGGUUAGGCGGGCUGCAACACAGCCUUACUUACUUGGAGUGGCCUCCAGGAUGCCGACCAAGAGCACGAGGGCCAAGCACGACAGCAUGAGAGCCUUCGCCAUGGCAGAAAGGGUCUCGGUGCGUCCGCUUCAGAGUCUCGAAACUCGGCGACUGAGACGGCAGAGUUCGGCCGAGGGAACUUCACGCCCAGAAAUCGCUCCUUUCUGACCAAUCACAAUAACGCACAGGUAACGCAUCACUAGUAGCCGGGGAGAUGUCUCAGCGCAAGCCGGCUGAAAGGCCUCGGGGACUUUCCAGCACAUGCGCACUCCCGCCGCUCGAUGAUUUAUUUUUUUUUGUAUACCGUAUUUUACUUUCGGUUUCCGUUGCUUGGAAAGGCAGGCCAGUUCCGAGAAAUGGGAGAAGCGCCGCUGCGGCAACAAGAUAACAAUUGAACCAGGGCCAGAGUGCAAGAUGUUUUUUUAAAUUAUUAUUAUUAUUAUUAUUAAUGUUCCACAGGUUCAGAUAAAGCCUGGUACCUGUUCAGAACCUGUGGCAUAUUAAUAAUAAUAAUAAUAAUAAUAAUAAUAAUUGAUAGCACAGAGGUGCUGUGAUGGGGCUCCCUUUGAGGAAAGGUUGCAACGUUUGAGACUUUUUAGUUUAGAGAAAAAGCAACUACAGUGGUACCUCAGGUUACAUACGCUUCAGGUUACAGACUCUGCUAACCCAGAAAUAUUAGCUCGGGUUAAGAACUUUGCUUCAGGAUGAGAACAGAAAUCGUGCUCUGGCGGCACGGCAGCAGCAGGAGGCCCCAUUAGCUAAAGUGGUACCUCAGGUUAAGAACAGUUUCAGGUUAAGUACGGACCUGCAGAACGAAUUAAGUACUUAACCCGAGGUACCACUGUAAAGGGUGACAUGAUUUGUUGUUGUUGGUUAGUCGUGUCCGACUCUUCGUGACCCCAUGGACCAGAGCACGCCAGGCCCUCCUGUCUUCCACUGCCUCCUGCAGUUUGGUCAAACUCAUGCUGGUAGCUUCGAGAACACUGUCCAACCAUCUUGUCCUCUGUCGCCCCCUUCUCCUUGUGCCCUCCAUCUUUCCCAACAUCAGGGUCUUUUCCAGGGAGUCUUCUCUUCUCAUGAGGUGGCCAAAGUCUUGGAGCCUCAGCUUCACGAUCUGUCCUUCUAGUGAGCACUCAGGGCUGAUUUCCUUAAGAAUGGAUAGGUUUGAUCUUCUUGCAGUCCGUGGGACUCUCCAGAGUCUCCUCCAGCACCAGAAUUCAAAAGCAUCAAUUCUUCGGCGAUCAGCCUUCUUUAUAGUCCAGCUCUCACUUCCAUACAUCACUACUGGGAAAACCAGAGCUUUAACUAUACCAGGGGUAGGCAACCUAAGGCCUGUGGACCUUCUCAAUCUGGUGCACGGACGGUCCAGGAAUCAGUGUGUUUUUACAUGAGUAGAAUGUGUGCUUUUAUUUAAAAUGCAUCUCUGGGUUAUUUGUGGGGCAUAGGAAAUCGUUCCUUUCCCCCAAAAAAAUAUCGUCCGGCCCCCCACAAGGUCUGAGGAACGGUGGACCAGCCCACGGCUGAAAAAGGUUGCUGACCCCUGAACUAUACGGACCUUUGUCAGCAAGGUGACAUGAUAGAAGUCUAUAAAAUUACUGUGUUCAUGGCGUGGAUAAAAUAGAUGUAGAUGAACUCAUGAACAUCCAAUGAAACUGAAUGUUGGAAGAUUCAGGAAAGAGAACAGAAAUUUCUUAUUCAUGUAGCAUAUUGUUAACCUGUGGAACUCACUCCCACAAGAUGGUUAGAGGCAGUAUUGCUUCUGAAUACCAGUAAGAACAGGAUGCUGGACUAGAUGAGCCCAUUGGCCUGAUCCACCGGCUCUUCUUGUCUUCUUACCUAAGGUGGAUGCAAUGCAGCCGAAAACAGGGAAUACAGAUGUUGCCGAAAUGGAAGGUGGCAAGAUUUAUAUACCACAAUAAAAAUUAAAAAGCUGUUUACAUACAAUAGCAUGAGAUAUUUGUUAAAAUAGCAAUGAAACCAGACAUUCAAAAUUGUAAAAAUAAAAUUACCAAAUACAGAUAAAACCAACAGCUUUAAAAUAUACAUACUAAAAUAUGUCAUAGUGGAUAGUUCAGUGAAGGUGUCGAGCCAGUGCCCAGCAAGUGUGAAAAAUGAGAAUUCCAUAGGGAUCAUAAGGAACUGAAAAGACAGCUGCCAAUAUAAUGCCAUUAGGCGAAUCUAUGUUGUGACUGCGUUUUAAAUACAGAUUGCAAUUCUGCCCACAGCACCACAAAAGCCUGAGUUUCCAAGCAGGGCAGCCAAAAUGUUCCAAGAAACUGGGGCGACUUUCCCCGAGGACAGCUUACUACAUUAAUAAUAAAUAAAUAAAUAUUUAUACCCCACCCAUCUGGCUGGGUUUCCCCAGCCACUCUGGGCGGCUCCCAACAGAAGACUAAAAACACAAUAAAACCUCAAACAUUAAAAACUUCCCUAAACUAGACUGCCUUCAGAUGUCUUCUAAAAGUCAGAGAGUUGCUUAUUUCCCUGACAUUUGAUGGCGUUUGACAUUUGGCGUUUAACCCUCUUCUUCUGGCACAGGAUGCCCUACAGAAUCAUCGAAUGGUAGAGUUGCAAGGGACACCCUGAGGAUCAUCUAUUCUAGUCCAACCCCCUGCAAUGCAAGAAAUCUGGGGCUCCAACCUACAACCUAGAUCUUAUUAGCUCCAACCAGCUGAGCGAAGCGUUGGUUUGGCUCUCCUUUUAUUCCGUACAUGGGCUUUUCGUUUUUGCAUUUUUAUGUUGCGGACGCCAAGGUACAAAUGCAAUAAACGACAAGAGUGGGAAGAUUUCGCCCGGAGCCUCAAGAUACAUAAGCGAUGGUGCCAACCGAGAGGCGAGCCUCGCAAACAGCGGCAAUAGCGGUAUAUUUUUAAAUGAAGCCCAGCAGCUGCUGCCCCUCCCUUAACGAGGCCUCUUCAAAAAGAGGCAGGAAUGGGAGACGCCGUCGAGGGAAACGCGCGUCCCCGAUGGCGGAGGGAGGGGAAGCGGCGGCCGGGGCCGCGCAGGAUCUGGUAAGCGAUUGGCGCCGGAGGGAUCUCCGGCCUCUGUUGGCGGCCUGGAGCUCCACCUCCUCCUUGCUUUCUGUGUUUGCAGCUCCCUGAGAGCCAGAGGGAGAGAGUAUCUGCUGGAGCCGCGUUCACACGUUCCACCAGCGGCUCUGCCCUCCCUUCGCCCUCCCUCUCUCGGGAAGCGACACGCGUGUUUCGCCUGGAUGCUUACUAUUGUUAUUCUUUCAGGGCAGCGGAAGGCGAAAAGCAUCGGGCGGUUUAAGCACGCUUGUUUUAACGAGUUUUUUUGGGGGGGCGGGCGGGAUGAGUCCAGUGGGGUUUACACGCGUUGUACACGCGCACGUCGGCAUGAGCCUCGCUUGAACACGGAGGUGGGGUUUGCGGGAAGAGUAAAGGCUGGAGCUGCAAAUCGCAGCGAGCUGUUGCGAGUGUGGGGGAAGCACCUGCGCAGUCACGUCUCUCUAGGACUCACCGCGGUGCUCUUUAUUUUUAUUUAAUAAUAAUAAAUUUUAUUUAUACCCCGCCCUCCCCAGCCAAGAGCAGGCUCAGGGAGGCUAACACCAGGUAUAAAAACAAUUGAUUAAAAGACAACUUAAAAACAAGAUUAAAGUACAACAUUCAAAUGCAGCCUCAAUUCAGUAGAAACUCAAAUCAAAAACUUUUUGGGGAUGAAAACAUCAAAUCUUCACCAAGGCCAAGACUGGUCCUAUGUGGGCCAGAAAAAAGCCACACCACACAGCCUGAUUAUUACCUGAAACCAGUGCUUUUUUUCUGGGGGGAGGCAUACCACUAAACGUUUUGUGGAUCUAAGUUUGGCAUCAUUGAGGGGCAGUAUUUCAAUAUGAGUAGGAAAAUGAGGGUACCCCUAAACAUUUUUUUCAGAAAAAAGCACUGCCUGAAACACUUUUUGGUGUGUGUGUGAGGGGGUGUUCCUUAAAAUCCCUGCAGGCUUACUGUAGUAAAAGCCUUCCUGCCACAUUCAAAUCUGCUAGCUUUUAACAAUACAAGUCUACUCAGAAGCAAGUCAGGUAGAGUUCCGCAGGUGUUCUUGAUAGUUAGCUGUACAUUCUUGUAGCUUUGGCUUAUUUAAUUGACAAGAUUUGCACGUUGCUUAAUGGUAAGAAAACCUGAGCAGUUUACAAAAACACAAAAUGAAACACAAGUUCUCAGUAGAAACAGGUCCUUUAAAACAUUCAAAAGAACUUUGGCAGGUAACAUGCCUAUAAACAGUCAAAGGGAACAAGGGUAGGGUUUUCUUGGACUGGCCACCUUUGGAAAUGACCCAUGGCUGUGUAGGAAAUGGUAAGGGGUGUGUGUGUUUAAUUAAAUAAUAAAUUUCUAUAGCAUUCUUCAUCCGAUGAUCACAAGGUGGUUUACAAUAUAAAAAGUGACCAAGAUGGUUUAAAGAGAGAAGUGCAUUUCUGGCUGGGUGGUGGUGGGGGGGGGUCAUAGAAAAUGUUAUGUUGGUUAUUAUAACUAGAUGUUUGAGAGGAACUAGUGCACACUGAACUUGGAUUGCCAUAUUUCAAAACAGUGAAAAUCUAGACAGAAAUUUUGUUUUUUGCAAAGUUGUUUAGCUGGGGGGGGGUCCCAAGAGGAGUUGAGCUUUUUUUGGCAAGGUCGCAAAUUGUUGUUUUGUAGCUAUUUUAAGGGGAAAUCGUCACUGCUGGCAUGGGCUACCAUACGUCCAGAUUUCCCUGGGCAUUUGACCAAUACAGUAAUUGUGGAGCUUCUGUUUCCCCAAAAUCUUGGAGCAGGGCACAUCCUCCUCCUUGAGAUUAAUAAGUCUCAAGCCUCAAGUCAGUGAGGGAUACUUAACAGGUGACCUGUUGGCAAGGGGAGGCCAAACAUCUGAGUCUAAAUAUGGGUGGGUUAGAAACCCAAUGUACCGGUACUUACUGUGUUCACAUCACAGUAAACCAUAGAUAAUGAUUUACCAUGAAUGCAUAGAUGGCUCCUUUCCCACCCUCGUGUGAACAGAGGCAAGAAAAAACAAUCUCUAGCUUAAUGUUGUGUUGUGUCUGAACAGGAAAAUGUUUUAGUUCCAAACUGUGGUGUGAAGCCAGCGUUUCUUCUUGGCUUACCAAUCACGGUUUGUUUGAAGUGAAACGAACCCUGAUUCUGUUCUAACACUAAGCCAGGGAUUGCGGUUUGUUGGUUCUGAUAGGAGAGGAUGAUGCUGGAGCCAUUCUUGCAUUCAUGGUUCAUAGUUUACCAUGAUUGCAAGAACAAGUUGGCUUUGGUUCUGUGUACUUAGUUUUGGAAGAGGUUUCGAUACUGUCCAUCGAUUUCUCCCACAAGGGAGUUGACAGCAGGAUGAGUCCCUUAUUGUUUAUCCAUCUCCAACCAGAUCCUGGAGGAUUACUUUAUGACGGAAGAAGAACCUUUGGGUGACAAGACAGCUGAAGAGGAAGAAAUUGAUCUUUACGUUAACUUGACAUUCACUUCAACAGGUAAGAAAAUAUUUAAACUGUUCUGGAAAUAAUAGUAUAUUCCAACAAAAGCAAAGCCAUAUUUUCAGUUUUUAAAAGUCAAAGUCCCCUCAAUGCAAUUCCAAAAAGCGGCAUUUCACUUGAAUAAAAAGCUGCAUACACCCCACGCAUUUAGUGCAACCCCAAAUCCUGAAAACUAGUUCAUCGUUCACAGAACUACCAUUCCUAGCACCAGGGCCGUCUUAAGUAUAUCUGGCUCCAUGGUGCAAAGAUCCCUCCGGUGCCCCCCCCAUUUCCUUCGCCCAGCCUCUGCCUCUUCCCUGGUGCCUGUGCCAUGGUGGCCACGGCAGGUGGAGGCUCUGGGCGCGGUGCUGCUUCGGCGCAGCAUGGCGGAGGCGGGCGAGAUCAGCAAGCUGAUGCCGGGAGGCGUAGCGUCCAGCCUCCGCCUCUUCCCUGGCGCCCUUCAGAACUUGGACGCCCUGGCACCCCACGCCACUUGCCUCUAUGGGCAAGACGCCCCUACCUAGCAUCUUUAGCAAACUACAGUUCCUACUAUUCUUUGGGCAGGGAAUAUUCUUUAAAUGUCUGGUGUGUUCACAACCAAAACAAAAUUCCAAAAGAAUCUACCAAGAUUGACAAUGGCAGUGGUGUGUCUCUUCUAAAGUGUGGGAUUUUUUGGCUGUCUAAGGCAUGGGUAGGCAAAUUAAGGCCCGGGGGCCGGAUUCAGCCCAAUCGCCUUCUAAAUCCGGCCCAUGGACAGUCUGGGAAUCAAUGCGUUUUUACAUGAGUAGAAUGUGCGCUUUUAUUUAAAAUGCAUCUCUGGGUUAUUUGUUGGGCCUGCCUGGUGUUUUUACAUGAGUAGAAUGUGCCCUUUUAUUUAAAAUGCAUCUCUGGGUUAUUUGUGGGGCAAAGGAAUUAGUUCAGUUUCUCCUCCCAAAAUAUAGUCUGGCCCCCCAUGAGGUCUGAGGGACAGUGGACCGGCCCCCUGCUGAAAAAGUUUGCUGACCCCUGGUCUAAGGGCCUGCUUCCUGCAUUGUAGUUGAUUUGCUGUGGCAGGUAAAAUGUUGCUGCCCUCUUCCUAAGAUCCCUCCUUCUGCUGCUGAUCUGUUCCCCUCACUUCUAAAGCUUACCUGGAGCAGACUAGAGGGAAAGUCCUGGAGACAGAUGCAGAGCAGGCUCAUGUGGGUGGAUUUGAGGAGGUGAUGGUGACUGUUGGGGAAGAGAAAUCGGAAGCUACUGAGGCAGAACCCAUGCUAGAAGAUGCGGCAGAGAAUGAAAGCCUUCCCACUGAGCCACAACAUGCUUAUGAUGAUCAUGAUGAAGAAGAAGAGGAGGAAGGGGAAGAGGAGGAGGAAGUGGCAAUGGUUGAUCAAGAUGAGGAACCUGCAUUGGAGAAGGAUCAUAAAAGCAAGGAAGCUGGAGAGCCAAACAACCUGGGAGACCCAGCAGUUAUGAGAGCUGUGCGUGGCCAACGUACGUUGGAGGUAAGAUAGACUUAAGGUGUGCCACACAAGACUUCUCUUACAGUCUUGCCAGUCUCUUCUGUUCAUUUGGUAUUUGCAACCAAACGGGCAGAAGGUUUGGUAAAAGAGUUGGAUCGUAUGACUUGGGGUCCCUAAUAUGGAUAGGGUGAGCAUGUGACAUUUAAGGUGUUUUGAGAGUAGGUGUCAGCAGGGGCUGCUGAUUAAUGAUCUAUGUAAAAUAUAAAUUGCCCUUUGGGUGUCUUGUAGUUUGAGAAAGCUGGAUAACUUGAGGACAGCAAUAUGGAGCCGAUUCUGUCAUUGUGACUUUUGUUAUGUAGGAAUUUACUUAGUAACCCAGCCCAGCAGCUAUAGAGGGCACCAUUUUGAAAAUGGCUGGUGUGGUGUUUUCACUGCCACAUAGAAUGAGCUUACAUCCCAGGUGCAUAAAUCUGUGUCACAAAGAAGUAGUACAGUGGUACCUCGGGUUAUGAACUUAAUUCAUUCCGGAGGUCCGUUCUUAACCCAAAACCAUUCUUAACUUGGGGCAUGCUUUCGCGAAUGGGGCCGCUGGCGUGCGAUUUCCGUUUUCAUCCAGGGGCAAAGUUUGCAACCUGAGGUACUACUUCCGGGUUAGCGGAGUUUGUAACCCGAAGCGUUUGUAACUCGAGGUACCAUUGUAGUAUUGCUAUUAAUUUAUAUACCACUUACAUGGCAGCAUGCAGUUAAUCAUAAAAUCCAUACGUAAUUAAAAUACACAUAAAACACAUCCAUUAAAGCAUUAAACAUCCAUAUUUAAAAUAAACAAAAAAACAAGCCCAUUCGAAAAUAUGCAUGUAAAAACAGCUGGAUAAAAAAGUUCAAGUUCAGGGCACUGCUUACCUGCCUGAAUAGGUGUGUCUUCAAGAGCCAGCAGAGUGGCAGUACAAAUCGAACCCGUCAUAUUUCUUCUCUAGCUUGAAGUGUUCUUGUUUCAUUGGACGGAAGAGAUAGCGGUGGGGAAAUGAGCUUUCUUGCCUGGCUCACAGCCAGAUAACCCUCCCCAUACUGAGAAACUAGAGUUCUGUCUUUUUGAAAGUCCAGCCUAGUAUAAAUUGCAGGUAAAAGUCAGAUCUUUGUAUAUGCUCCUGAUAUGGCAGGCUUUGGCUGCAAAGGGUAACAAGAACUGCAAGUCUUGCCUAAAUCUACAUCCCCUGGCCUCCAAAACCUUUGCAUAGUUUUAGAAGUGCUCAUAAUUAAAGGCUAGUCACUUUCUAGUUAAAAAUGAGAUGAGAUGGGGAUUUUCAAGCCUCACCAAGUCCCAACUUGCUUCAGUGGCACUCCCAGCCUUUCUCAACCUGUGGGUCCCCAGAUGUUGUUGAACUACAACUCCCAUCACCCCUAGCUAGCAAGGCCAGAGCUCAGGGAUGAUGGGAGUUGUAGUCCAACAACAUCUGGAGACCCACAGGUUGAGAACCGCUAUGCAAUAUUUUAGAUGUUCUUUUUUAGGCUCAUUUUUUGUUUGUUUUGCUUUGCAGAGAGAAGAUUCUGCUGUCCUAGAUAGCAGAGUUGCCAACGACCUCUCAGAUUAUCCUACUGAUUUCUUGGUAAGACUGCUCCCCGCCCCCCUUUAGGAUACAGCCUCUUGUACAUUCAUUUUAUCAGUGUUUUCUGAUACAUCAGCUGCAGCCAUAUUGGGAUAGCAGGGCCACUGUAGUCCAUGCACUUUUAACCUUAAGACCAGGGUGUGCUCUUGUGGGCCUGAUCUGGAAACUCCAGGCGAUGCAAAAUGCAGCAGCUAGACUGCUGGUGGGUGCAGACAAGUGACAGCAUGUGACGCCUCUGCUAAAACAUCUGUAUUUUAUUGGGUUGGGUUCAAGGUUCUCAUACUAAUAUACAGUACAAAUCCCUGAGCAUCCUGGGUCCAGGAUACCUUAGACUUCCUGAGCCCUGAGAUCCAAGCUCGGCCACUGGGAUAAUCUGAUAGAACACAGUUGGUUGUCCCUCUAGUUUUAGCAGCCCAGCUGGCUUCAACUGCGUCAUGCUUAUUGCAAUCCUUUCAAUGUGCUGAAGUUGGGUUCGAAUUACUCAGUCAUUAUGAUUAAUCUUAAUUGCUUGCUUUCUUCUUUUCCUUUCUCGUUUUGCUUAAUUUCAUUGAACGAAUCUCUCUGAUCCAGGGGUAGGCAACCUAAGGCCCAGGGGCCGGAUGCGGCCCAAUUGCCUUCUAUUUUUUUUAAAAAAAUCGUUUUUAUUAAUUUUCCAAUAAAAACAGCCAGUUAACAUAUCCAUCAAAUCAUAAUCCAAAUCCAAUUAUAAUCCAAUUAAAAACAAUAAACUAAAAUAAAAAAACCAAAUUACAGUCCAAAAUUUUUUUUUUUUUUUCCGGGCUUCCCAUAGUCUGGACCUCUCCAAUAUCUCCAAUUAUCUCCAAGUUAUCUCCAAUAUCUUCGUUCCUGCCUUCUUCUUGUUGUUCCCAUAUUUUCCACAUUCCGAUCUUAAUGCUUUAAAGUUCUCCAUCCCUGGCUAUGUGAUUCUCAGUCGUGUCAGAAAUCAUAUAUCCUUUCAUCCAUCGAAUACAGUUUUAUUUGUGUAUUUAUAUUUUUUCAACUGUCUAUUUGCCAGCGCAGCUUUUCCUGACUUCAUUCCAAUCCGGGCUGUUGUCCAAGUCUAUCGUUUGAAAUUUUAAAUUUUGGCCCAAUCACCUUCUCAGUCUGGUCCACGGAUGGUCCGGGAAUCACCGUGUUUUUACAUGAGCAAAAUGUGUCCUUUUAUUUAAAAUGCAUCUCUGGGUUAUUUGUGGGGCAUAGGAAUUUGUUCAUAUUUUUUUUCAAAAUAUAAUCCGGCCCACCACAUGGUCUGAAGGAUGGUGGACCAGCCCACAGCUGGAAAAGGUUACUGACCCCUGCAGUCUGAUCCCUUUCAGACAGCUUCAAAACCUUCCAUGUGGAAUUCUACCCGGAGAAGAGUCCAGUCGCUGUCUAUGAUGGAGGUAAGGCUCAUUCUACACCACUUUUCUGCUCAGCAAAGGGAAUGAUAACCUGCCCUGUCUUUACCACAGAAGCAGCUUAGGGUCAAGUCUUCUGUAUCCAAUUGCAUCUUGCCUUGAUCCUUUGAUCCUUGUGAUCCUAACGUCUCACAACAAAUGCCAGUGCUAUGUUAGAAAGAAUGUACAACCUGAAAAAAAGAGACAAGGCAUGUACUUCUGUAAACCAAUAAAAUAUUUAGUAAAAAUAAAUUUUAAAAAGAAAGAGAAACUAAAGACCAGCCUUUCUAAGGAGACAAGUUCUUGAAACCAAUAAACCAAUUAACUCCUGAACCGUAUCUCACACCUGUGUAAGCAAUUAGGUUUCUCUGGUAGGUUUCUGGAACAUUCUCCACUUCCAGUUAACAGACGCUUACUCACGCAGUUUUCUACAAAAUGAAUGAUCAGUCCCCCAACACUCCUGUCCCCCAAACACUUUAGGUCAAUAUCUGCAUCCAUGUACCGUGUCACUUAAAAUCUGAGUUGGGAGUCGCUUCAGAGCAUGAACUGAGAGCAAACCAGAAAUUCACCAAAAAUAGAAAUUUCUCUGGCUACCGAGAUGGUGCAAUGUGCUUCACCACAAUAUCCAUGGGGGAUUAAUUUUGGAUUUAAAGGUGAACCUACCAAAUAUGCUUCUUCUGUAACAAUACAUGAGCAAAGCACAAUCAUCCAUUGAAAUUUAAUUCUCUAACCAGGUAGUUUGUACAAAACUCUAUUUGCUAGGGUAGUGAUUAUUUGUUUAUUUAUUUAUACAGUACCCCAGCCACUCUGCGUGGCUCCCAACAGAAUGUUUAAAAUGUGAUAAAACAUCAGACACUAGUGUGCAUAAAAAUGCAUACAUGAGUGAAACUAACAUGCGAAAAUUCAGUUAUAAUUAGGAAAAUUGCUUUGUAAAAGUGUGUAUAUUGGCAUAAGGGCAUGAAAAUGUAUAUUAGAAAUUUGCAUGAAAGCGCUGAUGAAUUUUCAUGAAGGCUUUCUAACAAGCAAAUCGUGCACUGCUGCGGGAAGUGGAGAACUUAACACAGGAAAAAAUGAGAAACCGAAAUGGACAGAUUUAUCCCAUCCCUAACCACAGUAUAAUUGUAUUAAAUAUUACUGUUGCCGCUUAUGCCUCAGGCGCUGGACAGGGCUUCUAUGUCCCGGGUCAACCUAGAUCUUUUGGCCUCACCGGCGCAGAGAAGCUAUCUAGACACAUCUGGCCUGGAGCGUUCAGGUUUCCGUGGGAGAACCUUCAAGCCCUCUUCUCAGCGCUUCAUGCGGCAGGUAAACUGGCUCAUCACCUGGCCCUGUCUCACUUCCGCCCCCCGAUCCUCAAACCCUCGAUCUUGCUACUGUCAUUCUGUGCUACGCAGAGCUAAUUUUCCAACUGCUUGUGUCAGAACGACAAAGCAGUUGUCUGGGUUUACCAGUCUGGAGUAACAGUUCUAUACAGUAUGCAGAACAUGCACCUAAUGCUUAGGAUACCUGAGCUGCUGUGGAUAUGCCCGCCCUGUGGAACAACCUCCCGUCAGGUGCCAAGGAAAGAAACAGCUAUCAGACGUUUAGAAGACACCUGAAAGCAGCCCUGUAUAGGGAAGUUUUUAAUGUUUGGUGGUUUACUGUGUUUGAUGUCAUACCGUAUUUUUCGCUCUAUAGGACGCACCAAACACGCACUGUGUUUGAUGUUAUACCGUAUUUUUCGCUCCAUAAGACGCACCUAGUUUUUGGAGAAGGAAAACAAGAAAAAAAUAUUCUGAAUCCCAGAAUCCAGAACAGCAAGAGGGAUAGCUGCGCAGUGAAAGCAGCGAUCCCUCUUGCUGUUCUGGCUUCUGGGAUAGCUGCGCAGCCUGCAUUUGCUCCAUAAGACACACACACAUUUCCCCUUACUUUUUAGGAGGGAAAAAGUGAGUCUUAUAGAGCAAAAAAUACGGUAAUUUGUUGGAAGCUGCCCAGAGUGGCUGGGGCAACCCAGUCAGAUGAAUGGAAUAAUAAUAAUAAUAAUUAAUAAAAAAUAAUAAAUUUAAAAAUUGUCUUUGCUACUGUACUGUCUCACAGCAAUCUCCCACGAUGUCUGGCUCUAUGAGAUCGCCUUACCUGUUCACUCCACCCCGCAGAACACGGCGUGUACUUGGCCUUAAUCAGGUAAUGUCAUGUGUCGUGUCACCUGUGUUGGUUGCCAAGCUGUUACCAAGUCAAUUUCAAGGUAUUACUAUUGAUAAGGAAAGCCUUGACUGGCUUGGGACCAGUUUACUGGUGGGGUUACCUUAGACAAUAUGUGCUCACUUGUUCACUUUGAUCUACAGAACUUUCACUGUUAUAGGUGACAUAUGUUAAUUGUUCCACAAUUGUAUAAAAGGAAAAAAAGGGAUAUUUCAGUGUGGCAGCACCUACACUUUGAAACUCCUGGCUUAUUGGCACCUGUUUAAAACUCUUUGUUUAGGCAAACCUAUCCAGAUGCAUAGAUGUUGAUGUGUUUUAAUCCAUUUUACUAUUUUAAUCAUGUGUUUAACUGCUCUUUAUUGAUUUUUCUUUUUUUAAAAAAAAUAGUCCUUGUAAAUGGCUUUAGAGUUCUACAACAGUCCAGUGGCAUAUGAAUUUUGUGAAAUAGAUAAAAAUAAAUUUGUAGCUUAGCUCCGUUCUCAUGGGAAACUAUUCCACCUGCACUUCUUCUUUUAAGUUUAGAUGUGCCAUGACUUGUGAUUUCCUUUUACACAACCGAAGGCACAAGAUUGUAGUUAGUAUAUAAUACUAAUGGUCAUUUCACUUCUGAGUGCUGACCCAGAUGUAACCGAAACAUCACUACCCACCCAUAAGGGCAGUGUUGGUGGACUUUGCAGGGGAUCCCAAGGUUCGCAGAAAGAAAUAUUUAGAAAAACCCCUGGGGUUGGGGAAAACUCAAAAUGUGACAGUGAAGGCUGAGCAUACCCAGUGACAGUGGAAUGCUGGCUCGGGGAGAGGGAUGGAAUGGAGUAUCCUGGAGCAGGCCAUCAGCAGGAGUAUCCCACAGGGCAAACAUUUUGUUGCAGGUCCCACUUGUUGUUUUUUUCCAAAUAAUCUUUAUUAGUUUUUCAAUUAGAUACCCUACAUAAACAUAUUGUAUUACAUUUUACAUUUAUACUUGCUCUUCAGAGCUGACUUCCCUCCUUCCUUCUUCUGGUUUUUUAUAUCACAUAUAAUUUUAUCACAUUAUUUUCUUCCAUUUUGUAUAUUGUUAUUCAUUUUCCAUAUUUGUCCAUAGUAUAAGGUAAAGGUUAAAGGGACCCCUGACCAUUAGGUCGAGUCGUGACCGACUCUGGGGUUGCGGCACUCAUCUCGCUUUAUUGGCCGAGGGAGCAGGCAUACAGCUUCAAGGUCAUGUGGCCAGCAUGACAAAGCCGCUUCUGGAGAACCAGAGCAGUGCACGGAAACACCGUUUACCUUCCCACCAGAGUGGUACCUAUUUAUCUACUUGCGCUUUGACGUGCUUUCGAACUGCUAGGUUGGCAGGAGCAGGGACCGAACAACGGGAGCUCACCCCAUCACAGGGAUUCAAACCUCCAACCUUCUGAUCGGCAAGUCCUAGGCUCUGUGGUUUAACCCACAGCGCCACCCGCGUCCCUUGUCCAUAGUAUAUCCAUAAACAAAUAAGUCCUCGUGUUUAUACAAUUAUUGUUGUCUGUAUUCAUUUACAACUACUGUUGUUUUCACCUGAGAGAGCGAAGUACAGAUUUCUUUGACCAAAUGCUGCCUGGCUCCAAACGUUUGUCUCAAACCGUAUCAAGAGGUUUCAAAGUAAUUGGCAAAGAAUUCUUGGCAUUUGGAGCAGCCCUGCACUGUCUCUCGCCAACAGGGGGACACUUUACAUUCAAUGGGAGAUGGGAGUCCCCACUUUUUAAAUUAUUAUUAUUAUUACUGCAGAGAAUGGUUUCCUGAUGGCAGAGGGCAUGACAAGUCCUCAAGGGUUUUAAAAGGAAGGGUUACGGAAAGCUAAUCAGGAAAGGGUCAGUUGCUAAUGCUCUACUGUGUAUAGGAGGGAAUUUCUUCUGAACGGGAUUUAACAGUUCAAGCGUAGGUUUUGAAAAGUCAGAAUUCACAACUUGUUUCCUGUGUGUCCUGACCACAGGAAACUGAACACAUGCAAAGUGGCAGCCAAAUUGUUAAGAAAAGUGCUUUUUCUUCCUGGGGGUACUCAGGGGUACGCAUACCCCUAAACAUUUUGUGAAUCUUUGUCCAUUUGUCCAUUUACUGUAUUUAUUUUUCCCGAUCUGAACUAUAAAAUGGUGGUUUUCUUGAGUCAAAAUGGGAGUACCCCAAAACACAUUUUUUUUAGAAAAAAAGCACUGGUUAAGAAUACAGUGGUAGCUCGGGUUACAUACGCUUCAGGUUACAUAUGCUUCAGGUUACAGACUCCACUAACCCAGAAAUAGUGCUUCAGGUUAAGAACUUUGCUUCAGGAUAAGAACAGAAAUUGUGCUCUGGCGGCAUGGCAGCAGCAGGAGGCCCCAUUAGCUAAAGUGGUGCUUCAGGUUAAGAACAGUUUCAGGUUAAGUACGGACCUCUGGAACGAAUUAAGUACUUAACCCGAGGUACCACUGUAUAUAGAUAUUUAACUGUAAAGUAUUAAGCUAAACCUUAGAUAUGCAGGCAACGUAUGCCUUUUUUUUGGUCUCCAAGUAAGAGCAAGUUAUUUGCUUGCAGGACUCCUCCUUCCAUUAGCUGCUAUUAGGAUGCAAAGUAGAGAGAAUUGUCAACUAGAGGGCUAGAAUGCCCCCAAGUGGUUAGAUGUGGCCGGGCAGCUGCAUUUUCUCAAUUGCCAGUUAUAGUUGCCUAUCUGAAACCACCGGAAGUUGCUUCAUGAGCACUGUUAACAGGCGCCACAUAAUAUUUGUUCUGCAUCUGUAAGAGAAAGAUCUUUAAGUGUGACAGCAUCUGACCUUUGGAACUCCUUGCCUGUUGACAUCAGGUUGGCACCUUCACUGUACUUUUUUCCAGCUCCUGCUAAAAACACUUUUGUUUAGGCAAGCCUAGCCUGAUACGUAGAAUAUUAACACAUUUGUUUUUAGUUUCUCGCUGGUUUUAUAUUUUUAAAUGUUUUAAAUAGUUGGUUUUUUACCAAUAGUUUUAUUUUUUUGGUUCAACUGCUUUGAUAUUUUUUUUACAAUCAAGGGUAAUAUCAAACUUAAUAAUAAUAAAAAUCUCCUUGCCUCCCUCUUUUCUCCAGACAUCUGCCUAUGCGUCUCCACCUCCAUAUAGGCCCUUUUUCCCAAAUGUCAAUAGCCCAAGCUGGACAAUGGCCCAUAAUCUUGAUCCUCCACUCUUCAGUCCAACAUCUGGCAACCAGCAGAAGUUCAGGUAUAGAAAGCAUGGGUGAGAUCACCUUGUGUUUGAGAGGAUGCAGCCCUUUCAGGAGUCCAUCUCCAUCUGCGGUUUAGUACGUAGGAUUAGAGUUGUGGUGGGGUUAUUUUGACCAGCUUGGAGAACUAUAAUCACAAGAGUUUCUUGGCAUGCUCAUGGAUCCCUGCUAUGACACCUGAUUGAUUGAUUGAUUGAUUGAUUGUUGGCAUCCGUGUGUCUCAAGAGACGAUGGAGUUCACCUCCAGGUGCAAAGUCAAACCACUGCGUUGGCAGCCCCAAUGUGACCUCUCUGGGACGCAAGCCUGGACAAGUGGGUAUGGAGGUCCUGGGCCACCCAGAUGGCAAGACACUCCUCUUAGGCUUGCUGAUGGGGUCCAAAGGAAAGCAGAGCAAUACGUUUGGCACCAGCUUGGCUGCAGGAGUUGCCGGAAGGAGGCGUACAAGGUGCCAUCCAACCAUCUUAGGGACUCCACUCUGAAUUUGUGCAUUUAUUAUUACGGUCACAGACCAGUUCCAGCUCACUUACAAUAUCAGAAAAAUCAGAAAACACAACAGGAAUACAUUGAAUUGCAAUUGGGUUUAACAGAGACAAUUCAGAUAUAACAGCAGUUAAAAAUAUACAUUAAAUCUUGAUCACUAAAAUUGACCACUCUGAAUUUGUGUAGGGUUUUUUCCUUAGCCUUUUCUUCUCCUGAAGAUACCCUGCAAGGCAGCGGAGGUUUAGGAUCAGAGUUUUCCUUCUAGAUGGACUACCUUCCAAGGUGAUUGAGCCCCACCUGCCCCUCCCUUCCUUCCAGGGCACAGGCAGAUACCUCCUUCUUGACUACUGCACCCCACUUGCUAGUCCCAGGCAGAUAGCACAGCCAAGUGCUCAAAAGGCUUUCUAGAAUCCCUGGUUCAGCGCAGACUACAGAUUUGGAGUGUUGAUCGUGAUCUGCAGGCUCUGUUUGUCAUCUGUUAAUUCAAAUAGUAUUUGGGGGGAAAGAGGACAUCCAGCAAAUAGUUUGAUCAGGGUUGUUGCCAGUAAUUGAGUCUUAACUUUGGAGUAGGGAACCUGACAUGCAGACUGAAUAUUGGAGAACUGUGGGCAAGAUCUGUACUUGCAAUUUGGGAUGAGGAGAAAAUCAAUUCAGUUACCAUUUAAAGGUGACUUGCUUUAAGUCAGGGGCAGAGGAAGGGCGGAGCAGUGGGGGCAGGCCAUCCCGGGUGUCACCACUGAGGGGGUGACAAAAUGCCGGGCGGCACUCACCGUAGGGCCAGCAGAACGCCCGAGCCAUGCGUUUCUCCUGGAAGUGACACAGUGGCUUAGGCGCCCGCAGGCUCCACGCUGCCCCGAACGGUCCACCCGCUGCCUCCCCCCCGCCACAGCUGUAGGGUGGCUGAGUGGGAGGAGGCAGGCAGACUCCUUGGACGCCCCGCGGAGUGUCCUGCCCCAGCUGGCACCGCCCCUGGACGCAGGGCACGCGUACCGCCCAAGGCGCGCAAUCGGCUUGUUCCGCCGCUGCUUUAACUCACACUUUCUGCCACAAUAUGAAAACCAAACACAGCCCAUCUUCGAAAUAGCAGUUCUCAGUUUUUCAAACUAGUUCCGCAGCCAAGUAAUGUUCACAGAAGAAUGUAUAUUGAGAUAAAGUGCACAUAAAAAUAGCACGUUAGUAGUAACAAACGCACUAUAUUAGGGGAAGUUGCUUUGCAAAAAUGUAUUUAAAAGGUCCUAAAAGCAUGGGAGACAGAUCCUGGUACCUCACCUUUGUCCUCUGUUUUAUUACAGUGUUCCCAGUGCCAUGACGCAACUUCACCCCCUGCAUCAACGGAUCCUGACCCAAAGACAGCGAGGGCAAGAAAGGAGGUAAGUGAGGGCAAAUGAAGACAACUUAAUAGGAACAUUGCUACAAUCUUUAUGUAUUUAUUUAUUACAUUUAUAUGCAACCUUUUUUCCUCCAAGGAGCUCAAAGUGGCAUGCACACUUCUCCCCCCUCUCCAUUUUAUCCUCACAACAACCCUGUGAGGUAGGUUACACGAAGAGGCAAUGACUGGCCCAAGGUCACCCAGUGAACUUCAUGGCUGAUUUGAACCCUGCUCUCCCAGGUCCUAGUCUAUCACUCUUAACCACUGCACCCCGCUGGUCCUCAUGGGAUCGUUUGGUGACUCAGUACAGUACCUAUUAUAAUGGCAAAAUUAACUUGUUAUAUGAAGGAAAGGAAAGGUAAAGGUAAAGGGACCCCUGACCAUUAUGUCCAGUCAUGGCCGACUCUGGAGUUGCGGUGCUCAUCUCACUUUAUUGGCCGAGGGAGCCGGCGUACAGCUUCCAGGUCAUGUGGCCAGCAUGACUAAGCCGCUUCUGGCGAACCCAGAGCAGCGCACGGAAACGCCGUUUACCUUCCCGCCGGAGCGGUACCUAUUUAUCUACUUGCACUUUGACGUGCUUUCGAACUGCUAGAUUGGCAGGAGCAGGGACCGAGCAACGGGAGCUCACCCCAUCGCGGGGAUUCAAACCGCCGACCUUCUGAUCGGCAAGUCCUAGGGUCUGUGGUUUAACCCACAGCGCCACCCGCGUCCCAUGAAGGAACAUAAUACACAUCAUAUUUUUGUGUUAAAAUGGAUUAAGCUUGUGGAUUACUGUAGAUAAUGUUGGCUAUUUUCUGAGGGCUAGUUACAGAUUUUCAAUGUUUUGAUGCGCAUUGGAGAUCAUUUAGUGUUUUUCUUUUCUCCUCUCCUCCCCCCCACCCCAAACUUUUUGGUACGGUAUGGAAUAUUGAAUGAAAUAACUAAACUGGAAAAAUACAAUGAAAGCACCAACUUCAUUCAGACUUCUAAAACUUAGACAAGCUUCUAUUCUGAAUUAUUGAAGGUAUUCAAGUUCGGUGCUGUUACCCUAGAUGAGACUGCCAGUUUCCAUUUCUUAGUGCAGAAAGUAUGGAUCUGAUGUGUAGAGAUUUUUCCUAUUCUGAUUAGUUCAGGAGGAUUCUGUAAGGUUUAUUUCUAUAUGAGAGAAACAGAAAGAAGGUUUCUGAUGUUUUGUUUAUUUCUCUGGGAAGCUGAUUAUAGCUGGUUUAAACUGGUUCUGUUAUGUUUCUUUCAAGGCCGUGCAGACUAUAAUAAUAAGGCCAGGAGGAGCCUGACGCUCACUUUCUCUUUCUCUUUGUUCUGGUGGUCUGUUCUGUAUGCUGUUAAGGUUUAAGUCUUAUUAUAAAGUUUGUAAGUUUUAUUUUAAGUGCUGCAACUGGAUUUUUAUGAACUGUGCCAAUCCUGAUUGUAUUGGAUUUGUGACCAUUAUGCUCAUUUGCCUUCAGCAGCACUAAAGCCGUGCUGGAUGAAGUACAAUUGCCUCUGGUCUAUUUUUUGGAAACUCUGCUUCGUGUUUAGGUUUUCUUACUCCUCCGGCCCUGACGUGACAGAGCCCUUUUUAAAAGCAGUUCAGAAGAAAGAAUACAGUCGUACCUUCGUUUUCAAACAGCUUAGUUCUCAAAACAUUUUGGCUCCCAAACGCCGCAAACCCGGGAGUGAGUGUUUUGGUUUGCGAACUAUUUCUGGUAGCCGAACAUCUGACGGAGCUUCCGAUUGGCUUUCAAGAGCUUCCUGCAGCCAAUCAGAAGCCACGCUUUGGUUUUGGAAGUCGAACGGACUUCCGGAACAGAUUCCUUUUGACUUCCAAGGUACGACUGUAUGUGACCACAGCAAGGCGUUGGUGGUAUUCUGGACCAGUGCAGAAACCUUUUCGUAAGCGAAUUUCUUCUUCUCUUAAAGAAUUCCCCGUAUGAAGCGUCAGCCGCCGAAGGAGGAUCCCUAUGCUGUGCUCAUGACUCCGGUAGAAAAAGAGUGGGUGAUAAAGGUGCAAAUGUUGCAGCUUCAGAGUGACAACCUUCACAGGGAUGACUAUUAUUACCAGGUGAGUGUUGUUGUUUAGUCGUUUAGUCAUAUCCGACUCUUCGUGACCCCAUGGACCAGAGCACGCCAGGCACUUCUGUCUUCCACUGCCUCCCGCAGCUUGGUCAAACUCAUGCUGGUAGCUUUGAGAACACUGUCCCACCAUCUCGUCCUCUGUCGUCCCCUUCUCCUUGUGCCCUCCAUCUUUCCCAACAUCAGGGUCUUUUCAAGGGAGUCUUCUCUUCUCACGACGUGGCCAAAGUAUUGGAGCCUCAGCUUCAGGAUCUGUCCUUCCAGUGAGCACUCAGGGCUGAUUUCCUUCAGAAUGGAGAGGUUGGAUCUUCUUGCAGUCCAUGAGACUCUCAAGAGUCUCCUCCAGCACCAGAAUUCAAAAGCAUCAAUUCUUUGGGGAUCAGCCUUCUUUAUGGUCCAGCUCUCACUUCCAUACAUCACUACUGGGAAAACCAUAGCUUUAACUAUACGGACCUUUGUUCACACUUUUCCGUUCCAGCCAAGUAAUGUUUAUGAUACAUAUGCCUGUAUAACAUGUGCAGUAAAAAUUCACAUAUUACUGGAAAUAUUAUACAGAAAUGCUUUGUACUGGGGGAAAUCUACUUUGUGAAGAAUACAUAUAUUGGAUGUAAUUGCAUACAAGGGAGUAUAUUGGGAUAAAUUAGCACUACAAUGCUGGAACUCCCUCCCUGAAGAAGGUAGACUAGCUCCUGACUUGUCCUUCCACGGACAGGUAAAGACCUCCUUGUUCCAAUGGGCUUUGGGGAACCAGCUGCUUUUAAUGAAAAGGGUGGUGCCAUGCUGUUUUUAUUGUAAUUAUUUGUAGGUUUUAAACAGAUUUCAUAUAUGUAUUGAGUUUGAAUUCUAUUGGGGUUUUUAAAAUUAAUUUUCUAUGUUUUUAGUGCUUCUUUUAUUUAGAGACUUUGAGUGCCAUUAGGGAAAAGGUUGGGGUAUAAAUGACAAUAAUUAAUAAUGAUGCUGAUGAACUGUUUUUAGGAUAUCAGAAUGUGGAGAACUGAACUGAAGAUGUGAAAAAUGAGAAACUGCCACUGAUAGGUUCACCCACCCCUAAGCAAGAAUCCUAGACUGCUCUUGAGAGGGUGGGCAUAGCUUCCCAGUCACAAGGCUUGGGUCUGGGUCAGUUCUGUCUCUUGCAACUGCAGACCUGCUCUCAUAUGAUGGGCUGCAUUCUGACAACCAUAUUCUCCCCACCAUGGUGGGGCUCCUUCCCUUGGGCCCCUUUAGGUUUGCCCAGGAAACAAAGAACUGUAGUUCAAAAGGCGCAUGUUAAUCACUGUCUGGCGAGAAUGGCUCAGGGAGAAUUGCCAUCUUGACAGUUUUGGAUGCUGGAGUUGGGGUGAGUGGGGAGCAACAGAAGUGCUGUGUGUUUCCACUGCUUUUGGUACUGAACUGUCCUGUCCUCUCCACCCCCCAGGAAUAUUAUCGCAAGCUAGAGCACAAACAGGCAGAGAAGGGGCUUCUUGGAGGGUGCAAGACUGAAGUCCCCAAGCUAGUGACACCAUAUAUCCAGAAAGUGGAGGCAUACGAAUCUGGUAAGCGCUCUGCAGAAAAGAGGCUUUUCCCUAGAUGUUAGGGAUGCUAGGCACCUCCUGACAAUGGUUUCCUUCUUCUAGUGGUGCGGAUACCAGGCUCCCUGGGCCAAGUGGCAGUAUCUACGUGCUACAGUCCCCGCAGGGCUAUUGAUGCCGUGCACAACAUCCCACUGGAACAGGUAAUGCACCCAUCCUUUUGCCUCUGGCUUGCCAGAAGCUGGGACUUGACUCCACAGAUUUGCUGCAUGUGAACAUGAAGUUUCUUGCAUAUAUAUCGUUGAUGGGACCUUCUGACCCAUGGGCCUUGGAAGCUGUCUCACCAGGCCAUUUGGGCUAACCAUGCCUGAUUUCCUGGGCCUUGCAGUCCCAUGAAUGUUGGCCAUGGGAAAGUUUGAGGAAGGUUCUUCAUUUGCAGUUGUCACCAGAAUUCAAGCUGGGGAUGCAAAGGAAGAAUCUUCUCUGCAGCUGCUGCUUGAACCGCCUGACACGUGACACAAUAUGAUUUAUGGUUGGGUGGCCCUGUUCACCUGUCAGUGGUCCACAGCGGAUGGUUGUUCCCCACCCCCUAAUAAAUAGGGCACAUUAUUAACUGGCGGAUGGGCGGUAUAUUCUAUCAGCUUUUUCCUCCUGUUUUUCACACCACUUCUAAUUGACCAGUGGAAUUCUGGCCACCUUGUUGUAUUCUGUAAACGGAAACGGCCCCACUGGAAACUGUAUUGCAGAGCCCCCUGAGCUGUUAAUGUAACAUCCAGGGGUGCCAAGCUGGUGCUGGUUGCUCUGCUGUUGAAAACUAACACCUGUUCCCCCUCCCCCUUUUUAUCCAUCUUCUGAAGGCUGUGGGUAAUCAGCGACUGCAAGUGCUAUACGAAAUUGAGAAGGUGAGUCACUGAGAUAGCUUGGGAAGGCAGUUCUGUGUUUGUUUAUUUUUUAAGCCAAUGUCCUUGGAGUGUGGCAAGGCCAGUACCAGAAGCAUUAUUGUGGGUUAACUCUUGUUUGGCUUUGUAUUUAUGUACUUAAACAUUGAUUUGGUGGGGGGGGUUUGUUGUUUGGUAAUACAGUGAUACCUUGGUUCCUGAACGGCUUAGUUGUUGAACAAAUCGGCUCCCGAAUGCCACAAACCCGGAAGUAAGUGUUCUGGUCUGCGAAUGUUUUUUGGAAGCCAAACGUCUGACGUGGCUUCUGCGGCUUCCAAUUGAGUGCAGGUAGCUCCUGCAGCCAAUCAGAAGCCGUGCCUUGGUUUUUGAAUGGUUUCGGGAAUCGAAUGGACUCCUGGAACAGAUUAAGUUCGAGAAUUGUAUUGAUAUAUUCUGCAUUUGUUGAAUUGUUUAUUUUUGUCAUUUGAAUUUACUAACAUGUUCUGUAUUUUGUAUGUUUGUAUUUUCAAUGUUUUGAUGCUUUUGAAUGUUUUCUGCAAGCUGCUUUGGGUACAGCUCAUUGUGCAAAACCAGCAUAUAAGUAAACUCCAUCAAUCUCUAUUCAGAAAGGCAGUGUGUGCUCUUCUUCCUCCAGUCACAUACCUGCCCCCUUUGUCCCCACAACAAAGAGCUUGACAAUAUGAAACUCAUGAUCAUGACAUUCCAGUGGAGCAGAUUCCUAGUAUGUCGUAUGCAACACAGGCAAUGUCAUGACUACAGAUGAUGAUGCAUAGAAACUCUUGCAGAAUUGUUAGCAAAUAGCUCUGUUCAGCUAGAAUUCUGCACAUGCCUCCAGAACUGAAUGAUUUGGCUGUGUUAAUGAAAUAGUCAUUGUAGAAAUUGAGAAAAGCCCCUAUGGUGUGAACCAGUCACAAGUACAGUGGUACCUCUGGUUACGAACUUAAUUCGUUCCGGAGGUCCGUUCUUAACCUGAAACCUGAGGUGCCACUUUAGCUAAUGGCAUAGCUGUCAACUUUCAGAUUUGAAAAAUAAGGGAUCAGCAGCCUCGAAAAUAAGGGAUCAGCAGCCUCACCUGUCCUGGGGACAGGCUACGGGAUAUCUAACAAUCCGGGAUAGCAGCGGGAAGCAGCGGGAAACGGUGCUGAAUAAGGGAAUUUCCCACAAAAAAAGGGAAGGUUGACAGCUAUGGCUAAUGGGGCUUCCCGCUGCCGCUGCCCCGCCACCGCAGGUUCUGGGGCAAGUUCUUAACCCCGUACUACUUCUGGGUUAGCGGAGUCUGUAACCUAAAGUGUUUGUAACCCGAGGUACCACUGUAGUAGAUUGCAAUUGCCUAAUUGAUGGGAGUUGUAAUCCAGCCACAUCUGUUUGCAGGUUGCUGGACAAAGCUGCUACCUGCCCCCUAGUGACCCUGCCAAAAGAUUUUACAUUGCAAAAGUAAAAACUAACUAAAGCAUAAUUCCUUGGCACGGGGGGUACAUGUACAUGCCUGUGGUACCUGAGCAUGUGAUCCUUAAUGCUAGCACCAAAUUAAGGGUUUGACCACUGUUUGGAGAAUAGUUGGUUCAUGCUCCUGAACUUGUGCCUUUGUGACACUGCUGACCCUAAACAAGUUUAGGAGAUUCCGUGGAAAAUGGAGGCAUGGAUUUCUCUACAGUUCCCAUGAACUCUAGGUAAGAAAAUACUAUCUGCUGCCUUCCCUUUGCCCCCCCCCCAUUGGGAAAUGGGAGAUAACAGGGGAAACAGCAACCACCUGGAGAGCACAGCUAGACGCUCAGCAAAUAUACCGUAUUUUUCGCUCUAUAAGACACACUUUUUCCCUCCUAAAAAGAAAGAGGAAAUGUGUGUGCAUCUUAUGGAGCGAAUGCAGGCUGCGCGGCUAAGCCAGAAGCCAGAACAGGGAGAGGGAGCGCUGCGCAGCGCUCCGUCUUGCUGUUCUAGCUUCUGGCUUAGCUGCGCAAAGCCUCCGCAGGGCAGCAGGGUGCCUUCAUCCCGCAGCCCUCCGGAGGCUUCACGGGCUGUCCCAGAAGCCUCCACAGGGCACGGGGAUGAAGGCUCCCCGUGCCCUGCAGAGGCUUUGUGCAAAGCUAGACCAGCUAGAGGGAGCACUGCCCUGUCAAAGACGGUAGUUUUAUGGAUCUUCUUGGUGUGUUCCUGAAACAGAUGUACCUGCAGCUGCUGGAUAUAGAAGAUGGUCAGCGGAAACUGGAGCAGGUGCCAGAGGAGGAGCACCUCCACUUCUGUGAGAAAUUUGCGCAUGAGCUGGGACAUAUCUAUCAAGCCCUAAGAAUCGAAGAGCAGAAUUCGGAAAAGUGAGUCCAGGGGGAAUAUUUGCGGCAGUGAUGGUACAUGAGAUGGUUGUUAGGCUGAAGAAGACGAUGGCUGUUGUGGCCACAUGUCUGUGGACCCACCUCUAUCCAUCAGGUCAGCUGCCUACUUAGGUUAUCAGGCCGCUGACAAUUUCUACUCCUUGGGUUCAUACCAUCCUCCCUCUCUAGCGGAAGAGCCAGGAGAUGUAUAGGGUUGUAUAAAGAUCUGCUGAAAGAAUACUCAACACAGAUAAGCAAAGAACUUGAGCCAAUCAAAAGUUUCCUCUCGGAAUGUUUGGGCCUGCUUACUUCCCUGACUGAGCUAAUUAGGAGAAAAGAAGACCGCCGUCCCCAUAAAGCAGUCGACAACAAGCCAAAUGGAAAUAUAAUCCAGUCAGGCACGGAAAACAGAAAAACAACUAGAACUAAACCAGGCCAGGUGGAAAAACCACUUGCCCCCAAGAAAUCUUCCUUAAAGGGAAAGUGUUCAAUGCACAAGAAGAAGAAGAAAGAGCCAGGAGAUGUUCUGUUCUGUUAAACAGCCAGGUCUGAAGUCCAGACAGCACUAGGUAGAACAUAGCCAUGGGCCUUUAUGUUUGUGCAUUGGGUAUGUUUUUGGCCCCUUUCUAGACUCUCAUGGUGCUUUGGCAGUGAGAUACGUGUGUGGACCAGCUGGUCUUUUCCUUCCAGGGAAGCCAAAGAUGGGUUCCUUCAGAUCCUGCUUGUGGGAAAAGGGAGGAGGCUGGUGGCCCGUCUGUUGCCACACUUGUCGCAGGAGCAGGCCAAGCAGGUCCUUGUCAGCAUCACCCAGCACCUACCGUUUCUCCUUCAGAAGGACAUGAUGGAUGAGGUAUCCGUCCUGUGUGUUCCACUUCUCUCUAAAACCACCUGCAUCAUUAAUGACCUUGUUAUGAGGCCCCCAUUAUAAAUUGACUUUUGGGGUGCAAAAAGGGCUUGCACUAAAAUAAGACAUUUAAAUUGGGUUGUGGGGGGAGCUAAACUGCAUUGCUUGCACAAUUUAAUUUCCUCCAGAUUUUCUUGCAUAACCAGACCCGAGCAGGGCAGUGAAGCCUUUCCCCAAGCCGCCAGAAAACUGAAAUAUGUGCACAGCUUUGUAGAAGCUGAAAUGUGUAAGAUGGGCUGUGUCUUUACUGAAUGAACUGAAAAUGAUGCUUGAGUCCUGUUAGGCUGAGAGUCAGGCUGCAGAAUUUUUCAGAGAGCAACCAGUAACCCUUGCUUGAUAGGUUGUAAGGGUUUGGGUUAAAUUUAUCAAGCCCAUCCUGUGCUGGGAGUUGAAACUUCAUUUCUCUUAGCGGGCUCAGUGUAUAGAAAUAAAGACCUAUAACUCUUAACUCUACUUCCUAUGGUGUUAAGAGUUCUCUAUCCCAUAGAUUAGGUUUAUUAACUCUUAAAGGACAAGCAAACUUGAUAUUAACAUUUAUCCUUUCAAUUUACUCCUUCCAUGUUCUGUGGGCUUGGUAGUCUCUGCCCAUUCUCUACGGUCCUCUCUGUGAUGUCAUUGAGCAGUUGACCUUCAGUGAGAUGAUAGACCUCUUACAGGAGUUAACCAGAUUGCAGCCGGAGUCUGUCCAGCAAUCGCUUGCUAUGGUGUUUGGGAACAAGGUGUGUUUGGAGACAGGGCUUUGAAAAUUUCCUGGGGGUCCUGGCAGAAUUUUGUGGCAGAGCGACAAAUGGGGUGGGAGGGAAGACUUUAAAAUUACCUUAGUAUUUGCCAGUAUCGGUGUGGUUUUAUGCCACCUUAACCUCGAGGUUGGCAUUGAAUGAGGUGGGUUCCAUUGCUGCUGUUCCCUUGCUAACAUUUCAUGCUGUGCCAUCUUCUCUCCUUGCCUCUCCAAGUUUGCCAUCUCACUUCUAUACCUUCUGCUGAGUCACGGGGAGAGAUGUCUCUCCUCUGGAAUGCCCCUGAACCCCCGCAACGGAGACUUUGAAAAAUGGUGAGGUGGUAUCUGUUGGGCAGGGUAGUCCCAAGUAAUUUGUGUCUGCAGACACCAAGCCUCUUAACCAUCUCCGUCCUUUUUCUCUCUCUCUUC